AUGGACAGCAAAAACGAAGAAAUCAGUUCCAUAUUCGAACGUUUCCGACAAUAUCUUACGAAAAACGAAACUAAAUUAUUAAUCAAUGAAUUCAAUAACUAUCGAACAACUUGGUCGCCAAAUAAAUUUCGUAUGUUUCUAACCAACGUUCUAGUUGUGAUGCGAACAUGGGCAGACAGUCAACAAUACACGACUAAAAUUAAACAAAACGAAGACUGGGAUGCUGAAGAGGUCACGACGACGACAACAACGCAUGCGCCUAUUAUCGAUAAAAUGAAACAAUCUGGACAUUAUUUAUUUCUUGCGAUUGUUGAUUAUCUUCAAUCUGCAGUGACCAUGCCUGAACAAAUCGAUCGAAUGUCAAGCGAAGUUGAGUUUGAUAUGUGGAAACGAAUUGUAACCAACAAAUGGACAAUGAAUGAGAAAUUUUAUAUUCAUCUCUACAAUGAACAUGUUCGAUUACCGACACGAUUAACUCGUUCGCUUCAUAAUGACAUGUAUAAUUUCUAUGUUACAACGGAAAAAUGGACGUCGACAACAAAACUUCUUCUCAUCGAAUUGGGUUUUAUUUAUUUAUUAAUUCAUGAUAAUUUCUUUCUCGGUUGCAAUCACAUUCUAACAGCGAAUACGAUAUUUACUUUGCAAGAUUAUCUUGAACUAACGAAACAUAGUCGAAAAGAUUCAACGAAUUAUCAACGAAAGUUAAUCACGUCAAUGAAUACACCAGAGAAAAUGAAAACUUUCUUAGAUUAUUAUCCCGAUGUUGAUCUAUCAGAUCUGAUAUCAGGACAUCCCGAUCUGAAUCAACAGCGAACGCCUUUAACUAUACUCGAUCGGCUUCUUAAAAUGGAUCCAUUCUACUAUGAAACCAUCGAUCAUGUUCCUUUAAUCAAUCAACCUGAUUUUACCUCAACUCAUCCGUCAAAUCGAGCAGCAAAUAUGUUGCAUUUAUUUCAAAAUCUUAUUUCCCGUGAUGCCAAAUUCUCAAUUCAUCUCGAUAGUGCUCACUACCAAAAUCUUCGUAUUCCAUUUUAUGUGACGACACUUGGUUUCUAUCUUCUAUCCGUUCUUCACUUUCGUACUUCAUUCGUCAUUGCUUCAUCUGAUGCACCUGAUGAUAGUGAUACUGAAAAUAUACAGGAUUCAUUUAUAAUUACCAACAUUCGAUCUCAACAAAAUAUCAGUCCUAUUUAUUUAGAUUCAGUUAAUAAAAAUUAUAUUUAUUAUCUCGUUAAACGUGCAUCAACGUUUGCUCCGUCGUUUCGUUCGUUUUUCUUCAGUCAUUUGAAUGUAUGCUGUCCAUUACUACACAAACCUGAGUUUGUCAAUCAUGUUAAUUCAAUUGCAAAUGUUCGACUCCGUUCAUUAUAUGAUGAAAUUCUCGACAAACGACCUCUGCUUACAUUGAAAGAUCGUUGCCGAUUAUUGAUCAAAGAAUCAGUUCGAAACUAUCCGUUCGAUAUUCAAUCCUUGUCUCAAUUACCAUCAACGUUACAAUAUUAUUUAUCAUUUGAUAUAUUCAAUCCAAAUUUUGUUCAAUUAACCCUAGAAAAGCUAAAUGCAGCGAACGGAAGAAUUAAACCGUCAUUUUUCGAUGAAUUACAGUUUCAUGAACACGGUCUCGAUCAGAUCAAUGGACAUAACGAAUGGGAAGAUCAAGUACCUGAUGAUAUGGAUUAUGACAAUGAGGAUGAUCACGAUGAUCGGGAUUACGAUGAUGAUGACGCCGAUCUAUUCGAUGAAGAAGGUCUUUAUUCCGACAAUGAUGACGAUGAUGAUGAAUGGUAA